UCUUUCGUUUUUAAACUAUUCAGGCACGAACGUGCUGUUGUUAUCUGUUUGAGGUUAGAUAUCCCAUAACUCAAUUAUUAUUUUUAAGACACUUUUUCUCUCUUUUAUAAAUGUGAGUUUGGAAGAAAGCAGUUCUGAGCUCUGACACUGGAGUCAUAGAUCAAAAAUGGAUAGAAGGUCUGCUCCGGCCCGAAGGGACACACAUCAAAUAAGGCGAUAUGGAUAUGGCAGCUCGGAUGAGGACGAAGGAGCGUCGGGCUUUACGAGAUGGCCACCGCUGGACGAUCUAAGUGAUGGUCGUCGGAUGGAUUUAGACAUUGAAAGACCUUAUACACGAAGGACAACAAAAUCAAAAUCAGAACCAAGAAAGACUGCUGUUAAAGCCUCUGUGACAACUUCAAACAAUAAAAUUGUCGUAGCAGCUAUUGACUUUGGAACGACCUACUCAGGUUAUGCGUUCUCAUUCAAACAUGAGUACAAUACCGACCCGCUUAAAAUGCACGCCAAUGAGUGGAAGAAUGUGACACAAGGAAAUAUGAAUGCUAAAACCCCGACAUGCUUGCUACUGGAACCAAACAGGAAACUGCACUCAUUUGGAAACGAGGCUAAAACAAAAUAUACCUCAUUGUGCGAGGAAAAACAACACAAGGAUUGGUAUUUCUUCUGGGAGUUUAAGAUGACCCUUCAUCACGAGAAGGAAAUAAAAUCAAACUAUCAGCUGACAGAAGAAAACGGGAAGAAACUAGAUGCGCUGACAGUGUUCAGUCUUUCUAUCAAAGCCUUAAAGGACCAUCUGAUCAAUGUGCUACAGAAUGGAUUCCAGGGAGUUCGUGACAGUGACGUCAUGUGGGUCAUCACCGUACCUGCUAUAUGGAAUGACUCGGCUAAAAAGUUUAUGCGUCUGGCUGCAGAACAGGCUGGUAUAGAGAAGGAUAGCAUUGAGAUAGCACUGGAACCCGAGGCUGCUUCGAUAUUCUGCAGACUGCUCCCUAUAACACGUGAUCCACAGACCGUAACUGGCAUGACCAAGUUUCCUUCUGGAACACGUUAUAUGAUUCUUGACUGUGGAGGUGGCACUGUAGAUGUAACGGUUCAUGAAGUACUAGAAGACAACAAUUUAAAAGAACUUCACAAAGCAACUGGAGGUAACUGGGGAGGCACGGUUGUAAACAAAGCCUUUCUGAACUUUCUAUCAACUCUUGUUGGACCAGACGUCUUUAACGAUUUCUCCAAAAAUCACAAGUCUGAAUAUCUGGAAAUGCUUGACGAACUAGAGAACAAGAAGAGAAUGACGGCGGCAGAUUCGACGGAAAAGGUAACUAUAAGGAUACCAGUCGGGCUUCAGGAAAUACUCCAGCUUGCUUCAAACAACCCUCUUACCAUGGGAAAACACAAGGACAAACUUGGUAUAUACGGGGACAAGCUAAGAAUGGAUGCAAGCUUAUUCAGAUCAUUCUUUAAUCAGGCGGUCAGGGACAUCAUUGCACACACACAUGAUGUCAUGGAAUCUUUACCAAGACCAGUUAAAACCAUACUAAUGGUCGGGGGAUUUUCCGAGUCGCCUGUUUUGCAAGAUGCUGUCAAAAAAGCGUUCAAACAUAGAGUUGAGGUUAUUGUCCCAGUUGAAGCCAGCUUAUGCAUUAUGAAAGGCGCUGUACUUUAUGGUCAUCAACCAUCAAAAAUCACAGAAAGAAAAUGCCGAUAUACGUACGGCGUGGCGAUGACAGUCCCGUUUGUGAGGGGACAGUAUCCUAACAACAGAAAAGUCGAAAGCGAUGGAGAAGAAUGGUGCGAUAAAGUUUUCGACAAGCACGUAGUAAUCGGCCAAACUGUGAGGGCAGGAGAAGCCCAAGCAACAAGGACAUAUUAUCCAAUGUCGGCAUCGGACACAUUUCUUCCUGUAAUCUUGUACAGGUCCACCGAUACUGAUCCGAAGUUUGUAGACGAUAGAAACUGUGAAUGUGUGGGGUUUUAUCGUGUCAAAAGAGUCCCAGGUAGAGGUAGGACGAAGAAAAAGGACUCGGUCAAAGUAAGAUUGGUGUUCGGAAGUUCUGAUAUAAAAGUGGAAACUAUUAAAACAGACGGGAGCGUACAAAGUGCUGAUUUCGAAUUAGGUUAAAAUGAAUGCAGUGAACGGUUAAGUAACUAGGAGUUUAGAAGAUGUUCUAACUUCAGUUUUACAAUGAGAAUAUUUCAAGGAGAUCGUUAAUACUGACUGAUAACUUAUUGGUGACUUUGAGAGUCUUUUAUUGUGUAAAGAGUACAUAUAUAAAAAUGAGCUGAUGGUAAAAAAAGAGACUGGUGCAUUAUCUUUAAUGUGUUUUGUUCGGCGUUUCCAUAUAUUACAUUUUAAUUCCUUUAUAGAGCCACUGUGGUUUGAAUUUCCAAAUAUUUAUUUCUACAUUAUAUAGCUUUAUUAGUUAAACUUUAAAUAUUUUAUGAUUUUUAUCUAAAAUAUGUAUGGGCGGACACAGUUCAGUUUUUAAAGUAACAUUACCAUGUUUUCUGUAGCAAAAGGCAGUAACAAUAAUGUACUGAAAUUUAUAAAAAAUAUGGUAAGGAAGUGCAUACUACAUUCAUUACUGAAAAGCAACAAGUGUCUCUCCUUAGAUAUAUUUAAGAACUGACAAUAAAAGUAAAUUUCUAUAAAUAUACAUUGGAAAUUAUGCUGUAUCAUUUUAUUUAUUUAUUGGCUUACUUCUGUCUCAGAAAAGCUGUAAAUACCCUUAAAUCUGAGAAUAGUUAUACUAUUUUCCUUUAAAACAUCACCGAGAAGUGUACCUCAGUAGCAGACACUUUUUACACAUUUUUACAGAUGUUUUGUGGAAUAUCAGGCAUUAGGUACAUAACAUUUUUUUAAUUUUAAAAUUGUUUAAUUUCUAAUUGUUGUUUGUAUGGGUAUUUCCAAGCAAGUAAUUGAAAAUGUCAGGGUGCAAAAAUUAGUAGAUGUUUAUACGGACGUUCUAACGAAACGGUAUUUAUGUGACACCCCCAUUGUUCUCUCUAUUGUUCUAUCAGUCACAUAAAAAGAAAAAGGUCACAUAAACAGAACGGAAUGAAUGACAUCAGAGAGAAAGUACCGUUAUGAAGUCACUUAACCAUCAUUUCGCGGGCACAGACAACCCAUUGUCGUGGAAUGUUCAAAUUGAAACAAUUUGCACUAAACUUGACUCAAAAAUAGCAUUGUUUAGUACCGUACUAUUUGACAGAUGAAAUGAAAAAGUUAUUCUAUAAUGCCUAUAUAAUGUCAGUAUUUGAUUAUUGUUGUACUGUAUGGUGCCAAGGAAAUAAGAGUUCUUUAAAGAAAAUAAUGAAAAUUCAAGGAAGAGCUGCAAGAAUAAUUUUGAAUGAAACGUUGCAAACAAGAACAAAAGACAUGCUGAAAGAUUGGGUGGAUGUCAUUUAAUGAAAGAUGUAACUUCCACACGGGCUGUCUUAUUUUCAAAGCUUGCAAUAAUUUAGCACCUCUAGAUAUUUUUGAUAUUUUAACCUUUUCCAGCAAUGAAACAUGCUGCUCAUAAUGACAUAGUUAUAACUUAACAUCGUACAAAUUAUGGUAAAACAAACUUCUGAAAUUCAAUACCAAAUAAAACUAGCUCCACAUGUACUCUUAACAUCUUUUAAAAAGAAAUAUAAAAAAGUAUAUCGUGCAAUUAUAAAAUGUUACCCAAAUCAACUGAAAUCAUUAUACUCUUGUGUUAGUUCUUGUAUCAAAUUAAAUGGAUAUACUUCAAAAUGGUUUGAUGUUAAUAUAGGUUUAAGACAAAGGUUUAUCUUGUCCCCUGUUCUUUUUAUUUGCUUUAUAAAUGAUCUAGCAGUAAAAAUCAAUGCUGUAGGGCUAGGAAUAGGACAAGAUGAUGGUAAAAUCUUGUCAACUUUAUUGUAUGCAAAUUACGUUGUCCUCUUAGCAAAGAAUGAACAAGAUUUACAGAGAAUGUUAGAUAUUUUAUGUGAUUGGUGUGACGGAAAUCAUAUGCUUAUCAGUUCCAAGAAAAGCAAUAUUGUACAUUUUAGAAAAGUAAGUCUGCACUAAGGACAUUGUUUCAGUUUAAGUGUGGAUCAAACAAUCUAGCAGUUACUGAUAAUUAUGUUUAUCUUGGUUUAGCUUUGAAUGAAUUUAUUUUAACUGCUAAAUCUAUUGCUAAAGCAGCGGGCAGAGCCCUUGGAUUACUUAUUGCAAAAUUUAAGAGUCUGGAAGGGUGCCAUUUAAUUGUAUGGUUCUAUGGUAUGGCCAGUCAUUGGGUAUGGGGCAGCUAUUUAGGGUACAAGGACUUUUUCUUGCAUAGAAGCAAUUCAGAAUCGAGCCAUGAGGUUUAUCUUGGUACAGGCCGAUAUACACCAAGUGCUGCAGUCGCUAGUGACAUGGGUUGGGAACCAAUAUUUGUUAAGGAAUUUAAAUGUGUAGCAGGCACUUGGUGUAGAUUGGCGUUUAUGAGUAAUUUAAAAAUAAAUAGUUUAGUUAAUAAAUACUGUGUUAAGCUUGCUGGUAGAGCAUGUGAAAAUUGGCAAUAUAGAAUAAAGGAACUUUUUGAAAAAUACAACUGUGGUGAUUUUUUAACAUAAAUGGUGUAUUGCAUGAAAAGCUUUUGAUCGAUAAAUUAACCACCUCAUACUUAACUGAGCAUCUUCAUGGAUUGAGACACUACAUACCUUUAACAGUAAUAUGGUAGUGGAG